AUGGCUCGUGGUGGCUCGGAUAAUGUUGAUAUCUCCGCAUCAUAUGUCUGGCCAAUAGCACCGGUUGUCUCGUUUUGGGUUGGGAACGAUCAGUGUGGUCUCAAUGAUAUCUUCUGCUUCCUCUUCAAUAACACUAUACGGUACCACAAGCGACGCUAG